GAUUACAUUACCAGCCUUUGCUCCCCCAGUAGGGAUGUUUGCUAUUCCCCCUUGGAAGUCUGUGCCCUCCAGAGCUGUUCUGGGACUGGGAGCAGCAGAAUGCUGAGCUAAGAGCCAGUUUUGAGAGCUGGGAUGGAAGUGCAGCAGGUAAAGGCUGUCCCAAGCUCCCAUGGCUCGGGGRCAGUGUCACGCACUGCUCAGGUUUGCACCUCUAAGAAAUUUCCGUUUUUCCGCCUCAAAACCUCCAGAUACGAAGCCGAAGCUGCCUUCUUUGCCAACCUGAAACUGUCGGAUUUCAACAUCAUCGACACCCUGGGAGUCGGAGGGUUCGGGAGAGUGGAGCUGGAAGAGCGUUUCAGCUCCCUGCUUGGGGGCUCUUUAAACUCCAUAAACCAGCAAGUUCCAGGCUUGGAAAACGGGUUCAUUCCUGGUAUUUUGGUUGCCAUCCCCAGGCUCUACAGGACGUUCAAGGACAGCAAGUACCUGUACAUGCUGAUGGAGGCCUGCCUGGGGGGAGAGCUCUGGACAAUUCUCAGGGACAGGGGUUCAUUUGAGGAUUCCACCACCAGGUUUUACACGGCAUGCGUGGUGGAAGCCUUUGCCUACUUGCAUUCCAAAGGGAUCAUUUAUAGGGACCUCAAGCCAGAGAACCUCAUCCUGGAUCACCGCGGUUAYGCCAAGCUGGUCGAUUUUGGCUUUGCAAAGAAAAUAGGAUUUGGAAAGAAAACAUGGACUUUUUGUGGCACCCCAGAGUAUGUAGCCCCCGAGAUCAUCCUGAACAAAGGUCACGACAUUUCRGCAGACUACUGGUCCCUGGGAAUCCUGAUGUAUGAGCUCCUGACUGGCAGGUAUGGGCAUUGGAAUUCAUCCCAACUUUUCUGCCCUCGUCACCCUGACGGGGCCAGGGCAGGGGCAGGGCUGGCUGUCCUGUGGGUUAUCCAUUUUGGUCCUGAAUGGGCUGAACAUGACAGGUUAAAACAAUUUUCCUUUAUUUCUGUGCUACAYCUGUGUAACUUUGGAUUCUUCCCUCCCUUCAGAUGGUUUGAAGGCUUUAACUGGGAAGGGCUACGGAAAGGGACACUGACACCUCCCAUAAUCCCAAGUGUCGCAUCCCCGACGGACACAAGCAACUUUGACAGCUUCCCCGAGGACAGCGAGGAGCCGCCCCCUGACGACAACUCAGGCUGGGAUGUGGAUUUUUAAUGUUAUCUCUCUCACCUGCUUCUGCCUUGCUGAAGACAGCUUUUCCUGGGACGUGGCUGCCAGCGGAACGGGAAGACCGGAAUCAGGGAGGGUUCAUGCUCGGGGUCACCGUGAUGCCUUGAUUGAUGCUGCUCCAGUAACUCCAGUGGCAUUAGGACUUCCUGCUCAGUGACAAUAGUGGUCUCCACGUUUUCUGUUGGAACGUGACCCAGCGGGGACAUGGUGGUCCUGGCACUGAGCCUCUCGCCGGCACAGAACUCCUUUUGUGUCACCAGAGAUCUUCUCCCACUCCUGGUCAUCAGAGUGGGAGGUGCAGAGUGUAAGAGGCACUUAAUUCCAGCCGCUCUUCCCGUAGGAUCAGUAGUAAUUGAUGAAGUGCUGCAGCUACUCCACUGCAGGAUUUGGGCUAUUCCCACCCUCCGAGCUCCRUGGGGCAGCGAGGGGCACGGGCAGAGCGCUCCUGUCAGAGCAGUGGGGAAUGGGUCCUUGUCCUUUCCUAGCAGAAUUCCCAGUGAGACUGAAUGUUCCCUUUCCUCUUUGUUUUGGAAGCGUUUUGGUUCAGCCUGGCCAAACAAAAGCACAACUGCUCCAGAUGCCUCCAGUCGAGGCAGGUUUGGGUCACUCCUCUCACCUGGCAGCAUCACCCUUGGGCUCUUGGUUCUCCUUUUCCUCCAUACCAAUACAUGCAUGGAAACAGAAAAAUCAUGGAAUGAAUCCAUUUCACAUCCAUUAAUCCAUUUCACAUCUCUUAAUCCAUUUCAGUCUUUAAUCCCAGAACAACGGGCCAGCAGCCCACUGGUCUUGAUGGAUUAGGCCUGAAAAUAAGGAUAACUUUUUAGACCCAAAGGGAAAAACAUGAAACCGGUGAUGUCCUUUUGAGGUGCUGUGUCCAUCCCUCACCAGGGAAUAAAGCUGUCCCCAAACCAUCCUGUCAGGAAUAUGUAGCAAAGGCUUUGUUCUCCAUCUUGAUGGUUCCAURUCUUCACGUCUGCACCUUUUCCGUGUUAGCGCGAGCAUCUCUUUAAAAUAAAAACYCUGGGCCAGUCUUCUGGCUCUGAUGGAACAUUGCCAGUAAUCCUGAUGCCUCUCCAGGCUAAGGAGCUCCAUGGGAAAGUCAGUGGAAUUCARUGGGAAAAGGAUAUUGGAUGUAUCCCUGCAAGGUGUCCAGUGUGCCUGGUCCACUGUGACUGUGUUUAACACAGUAAAAAAUGUCUGGGAAAAACAAUAUUACCAGGAUGAACUUUCCCCUGAUGUCCACUGUAUUUCCUUUGCUUGAAUUCCGUCCUCUGGUUUAUGGGAUGCAGCAGAGGGAUCCCAUCCUGGGUGCCCAUUUGUUGCAUGUACACAGGACUAAAAGUUCAUCCCAUUAUCCAACAGGAAACRUCAGCUUUUGGUCUCUCUGAGAGACCUUGUCCCAAAAUAUCACAGAAUCGUGGAAUGAUGGAAUCAUUUGGGUUGGAAGGAACCUUAAAGAUCCUCUCACUCCAACCUCCUUGCCCUGGGCUGCCCUAUUUCAUCUCAGCUGCCAAGAGCUGACAGUGGAAAGUUCAAGCCUUGCAGAAAGGGACUUUUCCCACAUAUUACAUGGAAAAGGUCUGUUUGAGCAGUAAAAAAAUCCUUCCCUGAUGCUAAAUCCCAACUCUUCUGCUUGUUCUUGAUGAAAGGAUUUAGUUAAAAGGGUAUUUUGACAGCCUGGGUSACGUCUGCUCUUUGACAUGAGCUGGGUCAUGUGCCACCUUUGAAACCAGUCCGUGGCUCUGGGAUUCCCUCCGUUUUCCAAAGGGUGAGGCCACACCUCUGGCACAGUCACUUCAGGUCACUUCUGCUGUUCUUUAACCAUUGAAACUUCAUUUGCCUUCAAAACCAUGGGGAAAAGGCAGUAACUCCCAGCUUUUCCUCCCUUCUCUGAGGGAUGGACAGCACUGAGAGCCAGGGCUGAGCACGAGGGCUACAACGCUCACCAGGCAUCUUCAACAGCCCCAACAGCCAAACUCUUCCCUCACAUCCCCCUGGAUUUCCGCUCCAUGGGGACAGCUUUCUGUAGGAGUUUGUCCCUGGGGGUGACACCAGACACACUUGGCAGGCACGGAGGAGAAAGCACCACAAGGAUUUAGGGGACGACCUGGAAACGUGACAGGAAGGAGGGUCUGGAAUGGGCUGAGGAGUCACUUUUCUUUUUUCCUGUCCCUUUUUUCCUUGUGCCAGGAGUGGGAAUCGAUACCUGCAGCGUGCACUGUGCUGAAUCUGAGUUUAUUUUGAUAUCAAACACCUCACUUGACUUCCACGGCCUCUCCUGAGCAUUAACACUUGGCAUAUGUAUAUGAUAAGCCUUCAGUUAUAAGUAAUAGAUUUAAGUUGCUUUAUAUAUAUCUCUAUAUAUCCACAGCAAGGGACUCCCUCUGUGUUUCCACCUCCUGUCCUUAUUUCUUUGUCUCCUUCCUUAAGCUACAGGACGAUGGCAUUUUUAGGGAAGGGGGGAAUCAGCUCCCACCUUUCCAGAUGGGGCUUGGAUUUGUAUCGUAGCUUCUCCUGGAGCUGCACUGCCCACAGCAAACUCUUCUUCAACAACAGGACCACAAGCAGAUAUUGCUGUAAAUAGGUAUUUCUGUGUCGAUAUUUUGUGGGUCACACAGAACUUUCCGUUCUUUUCCAGUUCCAUGGCAUUAUUCCUUUAUUUCCUUAUUUGUAAUGUAAUGUUUUUAGGUCAAGGUAGACUUGAAUUAAUGUCAUAUCUGUCAGUAUGAUAAAGCCUUCUGUCAGCUGUCCUGUUCACUCAUCUGUCCCAUAGUUCUAGAACGUCACUGGCUAUCUGGCAUUGUUGCAAGUGCCUUAAAUCCAUGGCAUCUUAUUGAAAAAAAAAAAACAAAAAAGACAAAUUUGGUGUUAUGCUGCAUGACAAAGACAAACACACCUCAAAUUGUUGUCCUUUCUUAGCUUGCUGCGUUUUACAGUUCUUUCUGCUACUGAUUUCUAAGCCUUUAUUAUCUGAUCUCGAUGAAUUCCAGAAAUGAUGACAUCGUUCUCUGAUUACUGUUCACUGUACCAGAGCUGUGUAUCUGUUAAUGAGAUACAGAGUCAUUUCUGUGAAAUGUAUAAAUGUGAUGUGCGGGUCAAAUUAAUCUCUGACAUCCUAGCAGUCCGUAGACAGGUAUUCCUGUUUUGCUAAGCUCUGCAGGUCCCACCCAUCCAUGCUGUCCCACACAGCCCCCCUUGGGAAUCUCCCACCUGGGAAAAAUCCACCCCAGCAGCAUUUUCCUGACCUAAACCCCCCUGCAAAGACGAGGCUCAUCUGCACCACUCACCAAAACAGGAUCUGUGCUUUUCCCUCCUCCAUUCCCUGCACCCGUGGGGAUGAGCCCUGGGAGCUUCUCGUGGCUCCCCAGCCCCAACACUGAGACUUGGAUKCUUUUAGGGCUCACUCAGAAAAAGGGGAAAUUCCCGUUGGAGUUGCCUUUCCCCUCCGAGUCCCGUUUUACACUGGUUUUACCCCAGCCCUUUGUUUUCUGGUUUUACUCUGGUUUUCUCUCCUUCCACAGCAGAGGUUUUGUUUGUGGGGCAGAUGUCCGCAACCCCCGGCCAUCGGCCGCUUGCACUCUUUGGAUGUYGACUGAGGAACUUGGGGUUUUUUUUCAUAAAACUUCUACGGCUUUUGUUUCGCUCUGUACUCCCCCCGCAGCUGUAAUUGCCGAGUGCCUGUUGUAUACUUUAUAGAGUUGAAAUAAAAAUAAUUACU